AUGGCACCAUCAACGACCAAGCAGUGGAUGAUCGAGGGGAAAGAUGGCUUCGACGCUCUGAAGUUUAACGAGGGCGCUUCUGUUCCCAAGGUUAGCGACAAGGACGUUCUUGUCAAAAUAAAUGGUGCAUCCCUCAACUACCGCGACCUCAUUAUCCCCAAGGGCAAAUACCCCUUCCCCGCGAAAGACGGCGUGAUUCCCGGCUCGGAUGGUGCUGGUGUCGUAGAAUCCGUCGGUAGCGGCGUGACUCGCUUCAAGCCCGGCGAUCGCGUCGUCACACUCUUCAACCAGGCCCACAUCGCCGGUUCGCUCGACGGAGCCUCGCUGUCGACCGGUCUCGGCGGCGCCAUUGAUGGCACAUUGCGCGAGUACGGUGUCUUUGACGAGCAGGGUCUCGUGCCGGCGCCCAAGAACCUGAACGACCUUGAGGCCAGCACGCUGAGUUGUGCGGGGUUGACAGCGUGGAAUGCGCUGUACGGAUUGGAGUCGAGGGCCCUGAAGCCUGGUCACUGGGUACUCACACAAGGCACAGGCGGUGUUUCCAUCUUCGCGCUCCAGUUUGCCAAAGCCGCUGGCGCGCGCGUCAUUGCGACCACAUCCUCAGCUUCCAAGGCCGAGACAUUGAAGAAGCUUGGCGCAGACGAGGUCAUCAAUUACAAGGAGACUCCUGCCUGGGGCGAGAAGGCCAAGGAGCUUACCGGUGGCGUGGGUGUACAGCACGUUGUCGAGGUCGGUGGUCCCACCACCAUGGCACAGUCUCUUAAAGCGAUCGCCAUUGACGGCGUCAUCACAAUUAUCGGCUUCAUUGGCGGCAUGGAGAAGAACCAGCCCACCUUCCUCGAGACCUUGAACAACAUCUGCACAGUCCGCGGUAUCCUGGUAGGCAGCAGGCUGCAGAUGCAGGAUAUGGUUGCGGCGAUCGAGGCGAACGACAUCCACCCAGUUGUCGAUGAGAAGGUGUUUGAGCUGAAAGAUUUGAAGGAGGCGUACCAGUACAUGUGGGACCAGAAGCACUUUGGUAAGCUCACCAUCAAGGUCUCGUCGUAA